AUGAAGUUUUCUCCGUCGUCGUCAUCGCCAACGCCGCCGCCCAUCGCCGGCCUACCCAUCGUCACCAUAUCCAUCGCCGGAAUCCUCGCCACCUUCUUCCUCCUCCUCAGCUACUACGUCUUCGUGAUAAAAUGCUGGCUUAACGCACACCACUCCUCCGGCCGCCGGCACUCUGUUUCCCUCUCAUCCACCUCCGAGCAACGCGGGCUCGCCGAGUCCGCCAUUCGGGCAAUUCCGACGUUUCGUUACCGACAGCUAAGCGUAGGUGCCGCAGAGUGCGCCGUCUGCCUCAGCGAGUUGCAAGAACAAGAGAGGAUCAGGCUGCUGCCGAGCUGCCUCCAUGUCUUCCACAUAGACUGCAUCGACACAUGGCUUCAGUUCAACGCCAAUUGCCCGCUCUGCAGAGCCAGCGUCACUGCGCCUCCAGUUCCAAUCACUCCUCUUGCCAUGGCAUUGGCUCCGCAAUUCAGUCAUCCUCAUGACGCAUUUCUAGAAAUAAGAGACGAAGAAAUAAAGAUGGAGUUUUUAGGGAGCAGAGGAGACGAGUGCAUCGAUGCGAGGAAGGAGGAGGAGGAGGAGCUGUGUUUGCAGCGCAUGAGGAGGUCCUUCUCGGUGGAUUCUUCAGGGGAUAUGCAGCUCCACGUGGCACUGCAAAGGAUCUUGCAGCAGAGCUCGCACGAAGGGAGCAGCAGCGUCGGCGGCGGUGGAAGAUUCAGGCGAUCUUUGUUGUCGUUUAGUCGGAGCUCGCGCAGUUCUGUUCUUCCUCUGCAAAUGGAAUUGUGA